AUGUUGGGGUCGUCGAAGAUGCACAAUAUUCCCAGAUUUCAGAUCGGUAGAUUGCUUGAGCAAAGCGGUAAAAUAUCAUCAAGAUCCCCAAAUCGCAUGCCUGAACAAACUCUUUCGAUACCUUUAAUCGGCCUGAACUGGUCUUGGUUCAAUCAGAAGCUCUUCAGAUGGAGAAAAUCAACAAAAAAGUGCUCACUCAGAUCCGUAGCAGCGAAAUACGCUGAUCAGCACUUACAACUCUUCAACAAGGCAUAUCUUGAGCUUGCCAACAAGGAAGCUGGUCACACGCGUGAAAUUACUACGGUACCGAAGCGUUCUAACUUUCAGGCCCCAAAAAAUCCCAUCGUUCUGUGUCAUGGCCUUUCCGGUUUUGAUCGAUUGAUUUUGUUACCAUCAAUCGGACAACUGACCAAGCUCCUUUACAAUGUUUCGAGUUCAAACAACGCCGACCAGCUCCUUGAACAAGAUGCAGAAAACUCCAGGAUUAAGGGUUUACUUGAGGUUGAGUACUGGUUCGGCGUUAAGCAGGCUCUCGAAGCUAAAGGAUGUACAGUAAUCUCUGCUAAAGUUCCAGGAUUUUCCAGCAUUGAGGAGAGAGCUCGUACUCUCAAUGAAUGCAUUGAGCGGGAAACGAGAUAUCUACGAUUGUCUAAAGAUCCUAACGAAGUUUACAAUUCUAAGCAGGAAGAACAAAAUAACAAAAAAGAGAACGGAAAACAGAAACCCAUUAAGGUCAACCUUAUAGCCCAUUCUAUGGGGGGACUAGAUUGUCGAUAUCUCAUCUCCAACAUAAAGAACAGGAAUUUUGAUGUUGUCAGUUUAACGACCGUGUCAACACCGCAUCAUGGUUCCGAGAUGGCUGAUUUUGUCGUUGGGUUCUCGAGCGACGUACAAAAGGGGAUUCCGAAGGAAUUGCCAAUGAAGAUCCUGCCCCCUGCAUUCUACGAAUUGACCACUAAAAGCAUGGAAGCAUUUAACAAAGCGACACCAGAUGACCCAAACGUAGCUUACUUGAGUUACGGCGCUUCCAUGAAACCUAAAUGGUACAACUUAUUUUACACUUCGUGGCACAUCGUCUUCGAUCUCUCUAAAGGAGAGCCCAAUGACGGGCUAGUCAGUGUUAAAAGCAGUAGGUGGGGUGAAUAUAUGGGUACCAUUCAGAACGCAGACCACCUUGAUAUUAUAAAUUGGAAAAAUAGGCUACAAAAAGAAGUUGUUUCGCUAGUUUUUGGCCCUUCGAACUCUGUUAAAAGACAAAUGCAGCCCGACGUCGACAUGUUGGAUUUCUACCUUGGCGUGGCUGACAACUUGGCACGCAGAGGAUUUUGA